AUAUUGAGAGCCCAAUGACGCGUUCUCAUUCCUAAAAAAAUCUAACGGCCCAGAUUCACUCUCGUCACCUUCUUAUACUCCUGUCAUUGCAUAGCCGUCACUUUGCCUCUUACUUUCAAAGAACCGGUUCCUCAAUCUCUCUAAUCCUCGCUUUCUUCCCCAUCAAACACACCUUCGAUUUUCCCAAGGUUGUAGAAGAUGGCAGAAGGUGAGGAUAUUCAGCCACUUGUUUGUGACAAUGGAACUGGAAUGGUUAAGGCUGGAUUUGCUGGGGAUGAUGCUCCCCGAGCCGUAUUCCCUAGCAUCGUUGGUCGGCCACGUCACACCGGUGUGAUGGUUGGCAUGGGCCAGAAAGAUGCAUAUGUUGGUGAUGAAGCUCAAUCAAAGAGAGGUAUUUUGACUUUGAAAUACCCUAUUGAGCAUGGUAUUGUGAGCAACUGGGAUGAUAUGGAAAAGAUUUGGCAUCAUACCUUUUAUAACGAGCUUCGUGUUGCCCCGGAAGAGCACCCAGUUCUCCUUACUGAGGCUCCACUUAACCCAAAAGCUAAUCGGGAGAAAAUGACCCAAAUUAUGUUCGAGACCUUCAAUGCCCCUGCUAUGUAUGUAGCUAUCCAGGCCGUGCUCUCACUUUAUGCCAGUGGUCGUACAACCGGUAUUGUGAUGGACUCGGGUGAUGGUGUCAGCCACACAGUGCCUAUUUACGAGGGUUAUGCCCUCCCACAUGCCAUUCUUCGUCUUGACUUGGCUGGUCGAGACCUCACUGAUUACUUGAUGAAAAUUCUGACUGAGCGUGGAUAUUCCUUCACCACCACAGCCGAACGGGAAAUUGUGAGAGAUGUUAAGGAAAAGCUGUCUUACAUUGCCCUUGACUAUGAACAGGAGCUAGAGACCUCAAGAACAAGUUCAUCAGUAGAGAAGAGCUAUGAGUUACCUGAUGGUCAGGUUAUUACCAUUGGUGCUGAACGUUUCAGAUGCCCCGAAGUGCUUUUCCAACCAUCCUUGAUUGGUAUGGAAGCUGCAGGCAUCCACGAGACUACAUACAAUUCAAUAAUGAAGUGUGAUGUGGAUAUCAGGAAGGACUUGUAUGGUAACAUUGUCCUUAGUGGUGGUACAACCAUGUUCCCGGGUAUUGCGGACAGAAUGAGCAAGGAGCUUUCUGCACUCGCUCCUAGCAGCAUGAAGAUCAAGGUUGUCGCUCCACCUGAGCGAAAGUACAGUGUCUGGAUCGGAGGCUCGAUCUUGGCUUCCCUCAGCACCUUCCAACAAAUGUGGAUCGCAAAAGCUGAGUAUGAUGAAUCAGGUCCAGCGAUCGUCCACAGGAAAUGCUUCUAAAAUGCCCAUACCAUGAAAGAGAGAAGUACUGUUUCAUUGUUUCUUGAUGUAGCUUGGAACUUUGCUUUGUUCUAAUGGCUUUGUUAUCCUUCUGUGUGUUUUCAUGUUGGAGUGAAACAAUGAACUUUGAGAAAGCCAGUGAUUUGAUUUUUGUUCCAA